AUGGACCCGCACGGCAUGCCGAGCGGCGGGGAUUGGGCGCUGCAGCGGAGCGGCGCCCUCUUCUUCGAAGGCACCGAGCGUGUCACCAUCGACCAGUGUCUCGUCACGGGGGUGGACGGCAAUGGAAUUUUCAUCAGCGGCUACAAUCGAAAUCUGACGCUGCAGGACUCCGAGCUGGCCUGGAUCGGGGACUCGGCAGUGGCUGCCUGGGGGUACACCGAGCAGGGUCGGGGCGCCGGCAGCGUGACGCUCCCGAGGGGCGUCGGCAUCGACGGGACGGGGGGGGAGCAGCCACGCGGCACCAGGAUCGUUGGGAACGUGAUGCGGGAGGUGGGUUUGUACCAGAAGCAGUCAUCGAUGUUCUUUCAAGCGCAGAGCUGCCAGACCCUUCUCGCGCGGAACAUCUUCUACAAUGGCCCGCGGGCGCAUAUCAAUUUCAAUGACCAAUUCGGGGGCGCAAAUCGCAUCACGCAGAAUUUGCUUCUCAACGCUUGCCGUGAAACUGCAGACCACGGUCCCUUCAAUUCGUGGGGGCGGCAGCCUUACAUCACUGAAAUCCGGGAUGGGGUUACCCCGUCCAUUACUCCAGCGAUAACUGAGAUCGACCACAACUUUAUCAUUGGUUCUUAUAACACUCAGGAGGCAAUUGAUACGGACGAUGCCAGUGAGUACUUCGAGGCCCAUCAUAAUUUAUUUUUGUUUAUGGACAGCAAGGAUUGA